GUUCUUGUCGCGGGAGUGCGCGCAGGACUCGUAUGGUACGGACAGUCAGAGCAGGGGAUUUGUGGAUCACUUGUCAACUAGUGGGAAAUCUCCGCUCUGGUUUUUACGGCACCGUAGACAUGUCGGGGGAUAACGAAGAAACGCAAACGACAGAGGAGACCUCAAUGGACGAGAAGGAGAUUCAGGACAAGGUGAUCAGCCCUGAGAAAUCAGAGGAGGCCAAACUAAAGGCCAGAUACCCAAAUUUAGGGAGCAAACAUGGAGGCCCUGAUCUGCUUCGCAAACGCCUCACGAAGGGGCAAAAGUACUUUGACUCUGGGGAUUACAACAUGGCUAAAGCGAAAAUAAAGAACAAGCAGUUGCCGACAGCUGCACCAGAGAAGACCGAGAUCACAGGGGACCACAUCCCCACCCCCCAGGACCUGCCCCAGAGGAAACCUUCUCUGGUAGCCAGCAAACUGGCAGGCUGAUGUCCACACAGCCCCACUAGAACCCCCAACCCCCACCCCAACCCUUUUCCCCAGUUCUAACCCUUCCACUCAAGUCUCAAAGCUGUAAUAUACCUCUCCUGCCCCUCACACUACUACCCGUCCCUUCCUCACAAGCCUGGACCCAACCUUACAUGAUCCCACCCCACACCUAGAAGCACCCAGCAGACCUUUUAUUUUUGUUUCCACCUCAUCUGGCCAUGUCUCUACUACCUCCCCCAGACUUACAGCCCCUUUGUCAUUGUCCGCUUACUUUCCCAUGUUCCUUUUUUCAUUUUCCUCUGUACUUCCAUGUAAGAUACUCAUAAAGACAGGACAUCCGCGUGUGAGUGUGAUUAGCAGACUAGACACCUCUUUUACAACCACCUUGAUUACUGGCUGAAGAGAAGAGCGAGCAGAAGAAGCUGUGUCUUGUACGGUUGGAGGGCUUUAGUAAGGCCAUCAGGAUCCCUCCGUUUGGAAGUUUGUGUAAAUAUAUAUAAUUCCUUUUGUUUGGCACAAGGGCAGACAUCAGCCUUUUAGAAUGUUUAAUCAGACAUCAGACUUGUAUCAUUCACUGUAUGUCCUUACUCUAAAUUAUGCUGUCAAUAUGCUUGAGUUAUUGACUAUAUAUAGUAAUCCAGAGGCCAAGCUCAGUUUUGAAAACGCUUUGAUUGUGAAUCGGGGAGGAAAGGCGUGCUACAUGACC